AUGCUGCCAUUAUCAUGGCUUAGCGCCUUGCUAGGCAUAGCUUUGGCUGCUACGGCACUCCCCAGGCUUGCUGGACCCGGCAAUGGCUUUACAGUGGCGAACCCACGCGGCAUUGAAGACCUUGUCAUUACCAAGGUCAAUAUCUUAAACGGGGUCUAUCACAGACCGUCUACUACGAAGACCUGGCACGCAAAGAGCGCUCAAGCCAAUCCGGGAUCUCUUUCUCUGCGGCUUGUCAACAACUUCUACGGUGGCCAAGUCAAUGCCUAUAUCCAAGGCUUAGACUCAAACAACAAGAUUGUCUUCGUUUUGGGGGAUGGCAGCUUGGUCUAUCCCAGCUCGAGAGGCUCUGGAGCUCCGGUUGCAAUCAGGCAAAACCUUGCCGUACCCCUGACGGGCACAGGCGGUACGUUUGAAAUAAUCUUGCCAAUUGCCCUCAGCUCCGCCCGCAUUUAUUUUGCUGAAGGUGAGCUGAGCUUCUUCAUGGUCAAGACACCCACUGGUGACGGUUUGGUCCAGCCCUCAACCAAUCCUCAGGACCCAAACGCCGGCUUGAAUUGGGGAUUCGUUGAAUUCACUUACGCCGCAGACUUGACUGUCUUUGCAAAUAUCAGCUAUGUCGAUUUUGUGGGCAUGAUUCUCAGCAUGGCCUUGUCCGUCACAGAUGGGACUGGUACCCAAAUCACAAGGAGUCUUCCCAGCGGUGCUGUCAGCCAUAUUUGCAGCGGCUUGGUUAAUCAAACUAGCGAUGAAGGCUAUCCAUGGAGUAGCAGCUGUAUUACCAGCCCCUCUGACACUUUACUUCGAGUUCUGUCGCCAGGGAAGAUUAAAUCAAAUGCCUUCGAAAGCUACUGGAAUACCUAUGUCGACCAAGUAUGGAGUCACUAUACCUCAAACCCGUUGACUAUAAACACUCAAUCCGGAACAGGCGAUGCCAUUUGCCAAGUUUCGGGCGCUACAAUGACGUGCAAUGGUGACAAUCGUGGCUAUGCCAAGCCAACAGCGGCCGAUAUUUGGGGCUGCAACAGUGGACCGUUUGAAAGACUGGCAAGCGACAACGCUGUUCAUGUGGCCGUAAUUCCACGUCUCUGUGCUGCUUUUGUCCGUUCUACCCUUUUACUUGCAGGAGGCAAUGUGCAGCCCAGCCUCGACUCUUCUCACUACUACACCGUGAGUCCCACCGAUCAUUACAGCCGUCUUAUAAAGCAAUUUGAGGUUGACGGAAAGGGUUAUACUUUCCCAUACGAUGAUGUCAGUCCUGAUGGUAAUGAAAAUGCUUCUGGAACUGUAUCAUCCGGAAAACCUAGCGUUUUGACUGUAUAUAUAGGUGCGUCACCGCCAUAA